GCCUGAGAGCGAGGACUCACUCCAUUGACGACAAGCUUUGCUUAGCUAAUAGCUUAGCUUAGCCUGCCUGCCCGUCUCCAAGGAGGAAGAACACAACGCGACACGUAUAGCCAUCGUCUCUCGAUCUCUUCCUCCUCGCCGGCUAGCUGCUAGGCCUCUCCGCGCUCGCUGGUGAUCGUCGCCGAUCGCCUCGACGGCCAUGGCUAAGCAGCAGAAGAACGCCCAUGUGCCAAAGUUCGGCAACUGGGACAACGACGGCAACGUGCCGUACACCAUCUACUUCGAGAACGCGCGCAAGGGCAAGGUCGCCGGUGGCAAGAUGAUCAACCCCAACGACCCCGUCGAGAACCCGGAGGCGUUCUCCGUCGCCGCGCCGUCGCCGAGCCGGGCUCCUCCUCCGGCCGCCCCGUCCCACCACGAGCGCGGGCCGAGCGUCGACGCGCCGGCGCCGCCGCCCAACCCCUACGCCGGCUCGCCGUACCACCGCCACGCCGGUGGCGAGACGCCGGCGAGAAGAGGCGGGCGGGCGAGCGGCGUGUACAGCGUCGAGCAGUCGCCGUCCCCGUCGCCGCUGCACCCGUACAGCCAGUCGAGGGCCGACUACUCCGACAGCGCCGGCAGCUACGGCGGCCUCGUCCCCAGCUCCGUCGACCGGUCCCGCGCCAAGGGCCCGCGAGGCAACGAAACACCGACGAGGGGGUCAGCGGUGCCAAAGUUCGGCGACUGGGACUCGAACCCGGCGUCGGCGGACGGCUACACGCACAUCUUCAACAAGGUGAGGGAGGAGAAGCAGACCCAGUCCACGAAGCCGGCGGGGUUCGGCGGCAAGGACGGCGGCAACGCCGCCACCAAGCACCACGACGACGACUACGCCUCCACGAAAUGUUCCUGCUUUGGAUGGUGCAAAUAAAGAUGGAUUGAUCAUUGAUGCUGCUACCAUCGAUGGAUUGUAAAUUUGGAGAGAAGGGGAUCGUCAUUUCCCUCCGAAAUUGCAUUUGGUCAUAGGUUUUUUUUUGUUUGGAAGUGAAAAUAUAAAGUAUAGUUCAUGCUUGCUGUAAUGCCAUUAGAUUGAGUGUCUCAUUGUUUGGUUCCUUCAAUAUUGGAUUUACAUGCUUGUAUGACAGAUUAAAGCGAUUAUGUGUUGUCUGUGUUUGGGCUGAUUCUUUGUUCUUAUCGUCAUUUAGUUUGUCCCUUAAUGACAGCACAAAUCCUUUUAGACGCUGGAGUACCUACUUAUGCACGAAGAUACCAAUCAUUCAUUCAUUUGGAUACACAGG